AUGGAUUUCAUUACGGGACUGCCACCAUCUAAUUCUUACACUGUUAUUCUUGUGGUUGUAGAUCGUUUAUCCAAAUAUAGUCACUUCAUUCCCCUCAAGGCUGACUAUAACAGUCACAAGGUAGCAGAAGUCUUUCUUCAUACAAUUGUUAAACUUCAUGGGUUUCCUAAGACUAUUGUGUCUGACCGAGAUCGUGUGUUCACAAGCCAAUUUUGGCAACAAUUAUUCAAACUCAGUGGCACAACAUUGUCUAUGAGCACGGCAUACCACCCUCAAACCGAUGGCCAAUCUGAAGCUCUGUUGACGGAGCGAGAUGAUACAUUGGCUUCUCUGAAGGCUAAUUUGAUGCGAGCUCAACAAAUCAUGAAGAAAUUUGCUGAUAAUAAACGACGAUUUGUUGAAUUUAAGGUGGGUGACAUGGUGCUGGUCAAGUUGCAACCUUACCGUCAACACUCAAUAGCUCUUAGGCGCAAUCAGAAACUCAGUAUGUGUUACUUUGGCCCCUUUCCUGUCAUGGAGCGCAUUGGUCAAGUUGCUUACAGGAUGAUGCUUCCCACUACUGCGAAAAUUCACCCUGUGUUCCAUGUGUCUGCGUUAAAAUUAUGCAAAGGUGACCACCAUACACAGCUGCUACCCCUUCCAUUAACUACUACUGAGCAAGGACCAUUGAUUUUGCCUCACGCUAUUGUUAACCAUCGCACUGUCAUCCAAAAUGGCCAACCAAUUCAACAGGUUCAAGUCCAGUGGGAUACUUUGCCGACGGAAGUCACUUGGGAAAACUGGGAUGAAUUGAAGGUUUUGUAUCCUAACCUUGAGGACAAGGUCCUUGUUAAUGAGGGGAGUAAUGUUAUGAGCUGGCAAAAUAAUACUGUUGGAGGAAAGGGACAAAUAAUAAGCAAUGAAGAACAGAUGGCAAAUGAUCCUAACAUUGUGGAACCAAGGAGAGGCAAGAGGGUGAAAAUCCCUAACAGAAAAUAUUCUGCGUGUCAGCAUAUAUAG